CCGACAAUCACUCUGGGUUCGAAUUCGAAGGCGUACACUACACAGCGUACCAGCGAGGAUAGGCGCAACGAAAAUAUUUAUUGGAAAUUUAUAAAAACAAGUGAAGCGAAACAGCAGCGGCCAACGACCAGCGAAUGCAACCAACAACUUUAACUGCAGCAACAACAGCACCAGCAGCAAUCAUAAGAAACUUAGCAGUAUUGCAAUUAAACGAACAAUUGCGGAAAAAUUUCAUGUUUUUCUUGUGUGCGGUUUUGUAAAAAAUUAAAGUAAAUUUUUUUGUGUGAAAAAAUUGUAAAUUUCUUAAAAACAUUAUUGGUUUUCAUAGUUAUUGCGUUUAAUUUUGACUUUUUAUUACAACAAAAGUUUCACAAAAUAACCAACAAGAUGUCGCGUUUAAGUAAAUCUAAUUCGUCUCAAAAGCUGUCACUUUUAAAGACUAAAAAGUUUAUGUGAUAUUUGUAUAUCGGUGCGAGUCUUGCAUUAACAACAACCACUACAAGCAUCGCAAUAAAAAAUUGCGAAAAAACGGUGUGCAGUAGUGAAACUGCGUGUUUGGGUAAAAAUUUGUAGCCAAACGCUAAAGUCGACCCUAUCGCUGUGUGGCAUUUUUUACAAACGAACUGGGCGCUUUAAAAAAAAAAAUUACACGCUUGCAGCUAAGUAAAGCUUGAGAUAAAGUUUAGCGCGAUUUAGAAAUAAAUUUCAGUCAAAAAGACUUGAGAAGCAGUCGAUUUCUGUCGAAAAAGAAACAGCCUGCGUGAACUGAGCUUAAGGAUACUGCGUAAGCUUUUGGAAGCAAGCAAAGAUUCUUCGUGCGAAAAUUUAAAGUGCGUCUUAAUCUUUAGCAGCAACAAACGCGUGCGAAAAGUAAGCGUCCACGGUGUGCUCCAACGAAAAGUUUAAAAAGUUUGUUGAAAAAAAAAUUAAAUUUCAAUUUAAAAAAUCUAACUAUUUUGAAAACCCAGCGCUAGAGUGAAAAUUCGAAAAUUUACACCCCAAAACCGUCUUCUUGUGCCCCCAUCGCCCCCCUAUACAUUCCACUGGGUUUAAGAGAAAAGAUUUUAUCCACGCAAUUCGUGCAUCCAAGCAAAUCGCACAGCGUAGUCGACGUGCGACAGCAGCAGAAGUCGCAGAAUCAGCGUCGCAAUAAUCAGCAUACGAGGCAGCGGCAGCUGAAGCAAUUCAAGUGCAAGUGCAAAUCUAAUCUACGCGUUCCUCCACACCCAAUAGUAGACGACGCCUUAAAGUUGUUAGACACCUAUAGCCUUCACUGCCUAAUGGCAAGUUCGCUUAAUAAAACGAGACACAGGCGCAGAUUGACUGCGAUCUCGUUUCUAUCGAACAUUUCAUUAGAUGGCACACAUCGAGAUACAAAACUUGGAGCAACAAUUGGCAUCUGCGGCACUGGGCCUACUACCUAUAACGCAACGGCAGCGGGACUACAAAGUGGCGGCAGCAUCGGAGGAGGUGGUGGCGGUAGCCAAUACAACAAGCACCAACAACAACAACAGCAGCAGCAGCAGCAGCAACAUUUCAACAACUACAACCGCAAUAAUCGACAGCCUAGGCAACAAAAUCAUUCGCAUCAACACUAUUAUACGCAACAUCAUACCAAUGGCGGUUGCAAUGUUGGCAACGGUAAUGCCGGCACUGGCAAUGGCGGCAUGUACGCACCAUCGGCUGCUUUGUUUCUCGCCACAUGCGAUGAUGGGCACAUGGAGUUCAUCAGUGGCGAUGGUGAUGGCGGCGCUGGUAGUGAUGGCUGCGCCGAUAGUACCGGUAGCGCCGAUGGUGAUGGGCAUUUUAGUGAAGUUGAAAAUAUGGGUCAACACUUGAUAAAUGCACGUCGAAGCAACGCCACUUACAGGGGCGAUGGAGGCAUUAAAGCAGCAACAACAACGACUAUCGCAGCUACAAAGUCGACAGUCAAGUAUAUGGAUAAAACCGCAACCGCGGCUGGCUAUGGCGGCGGCGGCGACGGUGGCGGCGGCAACGAUGGCGUUGGUGGAGGAGGAGCAUCUGUGUCAGAGAAGCGCAAUGCUAAGCGACCUACAUCGAGUAGUCGGCAACAGGGCAAUCAAAAUUGCAAACAAACUUCUACUAAACAAGGCACAAUGGCGGCAAUUGCUAGCAAGCAACAGUUGGCUGGCGGCAGCGGCGGUUCGGGCGCUGAGAGUGGCAGCGAUUCGGAUAGCGUCAAAAUACCAGUGAAAGUUUCGAGUAUGGGGGCUGGCAUGCUAAUGCCAUUGCGUGAAAGAACCUUCAGUAAUGGUGCCAAUGAUGCCAAUAUCAUUCCGGAACGUCGUGCUCGUCUCAAUACGGCACCUGGUAUGCGCAUAGGCGUCGGCAGUGGUAGUGGCAAGCGAUCGUGCAACAUAAUACACGGUUCCACACACAUUACCGACGAUAGCAGUACAGAGAGUUUAACGCCUGGUAGUUUUCCGGGCAGCUUUACCGGACGUGGCAGCAUCAGUAAGAGUGUACAAAUCAACGAUGCAAAGGAUUUACGUUUCCUCAAUACACAAGCGCACAAACAGCAUCAAUAUAAGGAUAAGCGUGUAGUGUUGAUGUCACGCAAAGUGCCAUUUUUCAUAUUCUCGGCACUGCCCUACUACAAGGGUAAAAACGGCAGAGCCGAAAUACGUAAGGAGGGUCGUCGACGCAACACAUCCGGUUCACGUCCUCUAUCGGCAAUUAACGAUGCACCAUUUGAUCCAUUCGACCUAAUGGGCAUCGAAAAGGGUGAAAGUGGUCAGGAAAUUUCCUAUGGCCACCUACUCAUACCCUCGCGCCACUAUGGCAAAGAGAGUAAAAGCAAACAUGGUGGUGUCGGUGGCACUUCAGGCAAUACAUCACUGCUGGAGAGUCAAAUAGAAAUUACAAGUACAGCAGCACUUAAAAAUCAUGGCAUUGCCAGGUGCUUCACUUAUGACAAUGCACAUCGCAAUAGCACCGCAAGUCCCACACCAGACAUCAAAUUGGAUUUGGAUGAUAAUUUGCUAUUGUGUACCGAUGGCACGCGCGGCAUGCAGUGCCAAUAUUCAGCAAAUAUUUUGGAUGAUCCCGAAUUGAUUGCGGGCAAGCAUCGUACAUUGCUCACGUUCACUUCAUAUAUGACAUCGGUGAUCGAUUAUGUGCGUCCAUCAGAUUUGAAGAAGGAAUUAAAUGAUAAAUUUCGUGAAAAGUUUCCACACAUACAAUUGACAUUGAGCAAGUUAAGAAGCAUCAAACGGGAAAUGCGUCGCAUCAACAAGCUGGAUAGUCGCAUCGAUUUGGUCACAAUAUCACAGGCAUAUGUAUACUUUGAAAAACUAAUUUUGGGUAAUCUGAUUAAUAAGAGCAAUCGUAAGCUAUGCGCUGGCGCUUGUAUGCUACUCAGCGCUAAAAUGAAUGAUGUCAAAGGAGAAGCGCUGAAAAGUUUAAUUGAAAAAACUGAAAAUGUAUUUCGUCUCAAUCGUAAAGAGUUAAUCGCAUCAGAAUUCGUUGUACUUGUGGCAUUGGAGUUUAGCUUGCAUGUGCCAAUGCAUGAGGUGUUGCCGCACUAUCAACGUUUACUAUACGAAUCCUAG